AUGGUGGACCGUCUUUUUACUGAAGCGUAUCCAAGGGAUGAAUACCACAUCAACAGCCUCAAAGAACGAUUCGCUUGUGAAUUUGUAACCCACGAAUUGCUGGUGAAAUUUGAUCUUCAGCAGCCAUGCAUUCCAAAGAUGAAAAACUCACUUUUCCCAACAUACACGGUGCUUUUGCUAAUUUUCAUCGACAUUCUUCCAUUCCUAUAUGCUAUAUUCCUUUACGCAUGGGAUGCCUGGAUAAAGAACAGCAAGAUGUUCCGCAACGCUCGAAAGAGAGUCGAGUUGAACAACGCAAGAAGAGUGCCUUUCCCAAAACACAACGACUACGAACCGCCCGAGAGACAUGCACCAAAAGAAAAUGGAACGACAGUCCGUGAACUGCCUGGCGAUUUGGUUUGA